AAAUAUCGAGAAAAGGGUUCAAGUUAGGGUCAUGAUGUCGACCCGAAAUCGGCGUUUGUCUACAUCGUCAUCAUCAUCAACGGCAAAGAGGCCGUCGAUCACCGGGAAUCAGAGCAAGAAGAUGGGUGCUGUGAAGACCCAAUUUAUUAAGAAGAGAGCAGCUCUUAGCGACAUAACCAACCAAGGAAAUGGGUAUCCAAACGGGUCACGGGUCAUUGUUAUUCGCUCAAAACCCAUGGUGCCGUGUACCUCCAAACUUGCCAAGAAGAAGGAAACUUCUACUUGCACUCAGGAUCAUGGUCUAUCUAGGCCUACAACUCUGAGUCCGGAAUCAUGUGCUGAUGUUUCUUGUAUGGAUACAAUUUGGACGAGAGAUGAUCAACCUACACCUAAAGUUUCGGGUCUUCUUUCUCCAAGCAGCAUGUGUACGCCUGGAAGCAUGGAUAUCUCUCCAGAUAGAUCACUUUCCGGUUCAGUCUCUCUGGACGAGACCAUGUCUACUUGUGAUUCUUUGAAGAGCCCAGAGUUUGAAUACGUAGAGAAUGAGGAUGUUUCAGCAGUUAAGUGGAUUGAGAGGAAGGCAAACUACAAUCUGUACAUAUCAAAGUACACACAGAGAGAAGGGAAGAUUUGCAAGAGAAAUAUACUUUCGGAUAUGGGAACAAAUGAUAAUGCUGGUGCUGUUGAUAACACUUCCAAAGAUCCGCAGUUCUGCACACUGAUUGCUCAUGACAUUUACAAGAAUGCAUGGGCAUCCGAGGCCAAAAAAGGGCCUUCUGCAGACUUCAUGGAGAAGGUACAAAGAGAUAUUAAUGUCAGCAUGCGAGCUAUUCUGAUAGAUUGGCUAGUUGAGGUUACUGAAGAAUACAGGCUUGUACCUGAGACACUAUUUUUGACAGUGAAUUACAUUGAUCGUUAUCUUUCUGGCAAUUCAAUUAACAGGCAACAGUUGCAGUUGCUUGGAAUUGCCUGCAUGAUGAUUGCUUCUAAAUACGAGGAGAUAUGUGCACCUCAAGUGAAAGAGUUCUGUUAUGUUACUGAUAACACGUACUGCAAGGAUGAGAUUUUGCAAAUGGAAUCUGCUGUGCUAAAUUACUUGAAGUUUGAAAUGACAGUCCCAACAGCUAAAUUUUUUCUGAGGCACUUUGUUCAUGCUGCACAAAUGAUCAAUCAGGUUCAAUCGAUGCAGUUUGAAUGUUUGGCCAACUACAUUGUGGAGUUGUCACUUCUUGAGUACACUAUGCUUCAUUAUGCUCCAUCGCUCAUAGCUGCUUCUGCUGCUUUCUUGGCCAAGUUUAUACUCUCUCCUACAAAGAAACCUUGGGACUCUAUUUUGGAACAUUACACACUGUACCAGCCCUCUGAUAUGCAUGACUGUGUGAAGUCACUGCAUCAUCUCUGUCGUAAUGGUGGUCGUGCUAAUUUGCCAGCAAUCAGAGAAAAAUACAGUCAGCAUAAAUACAAAUUUGUGGCAAAGAAGUACUGCCCUGCAUCAAUACCUCAGGAGUUUUUCCAAGAUUUGAGCAAAUAGCCCAAUGGAUACCAUCCCGGUAUUCAGGUGCCUUCCAAUACUCUGUUGGAUGAAGUUAGAUGUAAAUGGUGAUUUUGUAGCUUAGGAAUAGGAUCUUCAUUUUGCUCACAGUUUUGGGAAAAGCAACAUUGAUUCGGCUGAGUUAGUGAAGAAUUUGAAUUGUAUACUGUACACAUACUGGAAGACAUUUUCAUUAUGAAAUUCUUGUCA